AUGGUGACUUUGACUUCGUAUUACGCACAAGCAAAUGGUCAAGUUGAAGCAACAAAUAAGAUUUUAAUUAAUUUGAUUAAGAAACAAAUUGGCAAAAAAUCUCACACUUGGCAUGAAACUUUGAGUCAAGUGUUAUGGGAUUACCGAAAUUCACCAAGAGGUUUGACAAACAUGUCUCCUUAUAAAUUACUUUAUGGCCAUGAUGCAGUUUUACCUUUAGAAAUUAAUCUUAAUACUAUAAGGGUGAUGCAUCAAGAGGAAUUACCAGUUGAAGAUUAUUGGAAUGCAAUGUUUGAUGAGUUGAACAACUUGGACAAUAAGCGUUUCUUGGCACUUGAUCAUAUUAUUCAUCAAAAAGAGAAUGUGGCUCGCAUAUACAAUUGA